AUGGACGAAUCCGCCAUUAAAGGGGUGAAAUCGCUCGAAUUAAACAAUAGUGAAUCUAGUGAUGCACCCAUUCGAAAAAGCCGGAUCUUUCCACCAAAAAACAUUGAUACUGAAAUAUUUCCCGCUAGGAGUCCACCCAAAUUCGAAGAACGCAAGAUGACUGUUACGGGAUAUGACACUUCGCUUUCUAAGGAUGUUGUCAAGAGCGCACUGAUUAAACAUUUCUCUUCAUGUGGAGAGAUCACUGAUACUACUGUUCCCGGAGACUUUCAAACCGGUGGUCUCUACGAGAUAUCUCUCGUUUUUAUUUGUGGAAAAGGCGUAGUAGAGAAGGCGCAGAAGCUUAAUGGUGGAUGUGAAUGUGAUGUGGAAGGAUGUAAGACCGUUGUUGAUAAGGUUAUGCCGCGAGACGAUGACCCAAUUAUAGAGCCCCUUAACUGUGGCGGCCUUAAUCUCCCAGCUCGGUUUACUCCAAAGGCUAAGAUGACUAAGGGGUAG